AUGUCUACCAAAAUCACCAUCAUAUCAGGAGGUACAGCCACCAAUGAGUUAGUACCAUUAUUCAAGAGACUUUCACCUAACGUCUCAUACAUCUUACCGAUUCUGGACAAUGGCGGAUCAACUUCGGAGAUCGUGAGAUUUAUCGGUGGGCCGGCUAUAGGAGAUAUACGAUCAAGACUAACACGAUUAAUCCCUGAUCAUCAGGAGCCAUUACGCAAAUUGUUAAGCUUUAGAUUAUCCCGUGAUCCUGUAAUAGCUAAACACCAAUGGAAUGAGAUUGUCGAAGGAACUCAUCAUUUAUGGGCGCCAAUCAAUGUGUCCACUAGAGAAAUCUUUCGUGCAUUCUUUGUCCAUCUCCAUGUUGAAUUGUUGAAACGAUCAAAACACCAGAUUUCCAAUAAAAACAAGCAAUUUCGUUAUGAGUUGGCCAAUGUGGGGAACUUAUUCUUAACUGGAGCACGAUUGUUUAUUGGAUCAUUGGAUAGUGCCAUUGAAUUGUUUUGCCGAUUAACCGAGAUCGAUCCAUCUAUUGAAGUCUUGCCUUGUAUAAAUACAAACUUUACUUAUCAUAUUAGUGCUAUUUUAGAAAAUGGAUUGAUCAUCACGGGACAGUCACAGAUUUCUCAUCCUUCUGAUAAUGCCCAUUAUCCACCACCAAUACUUACCACCAGACCCAGUUCCCCACAACCAUCGAGUCCUGGUUCAUAUAUUUCAUCAGACGAAGACGAAUCAGGUAAUGUCCCACAAUAUACUCACCCAGAACUAAAGAAAUCACAGUUACAUUUCUCCAAGCUGGAAAAUAUUGAGCCAUUGUUGUCGCCAAUAAAGAGAAUUUUUUACGUGUCUCCAUACGGAGAAGAAAUCUGUCCCACGGCUCAUAGUAAAGUCACAUCUACCAUUGCCAACACCGACACGUUGAUCUACUCCAUUGGGUCCUUGAUGACAAGUAUUGUGCCAAUUAUUAUUCUCAAAAAUAUGGGCAAAGCCAUUUGUCAGAGCCGCAAGAAAGUCUUGCUUCUAAAUGGUUGCCUUGAUCGAGAAACGUUUGGAAUGACUGCUGUGGAUUUCAUCAAGGUGAUUGUACAGCUGGCAGAGUACAGCACAGGAGGUACUACCACUAGUGAGUGGAACAAGUACAUCACACAUUUAGUCUACAUGAAGGAUUGCAAAAUCAAAGUCGAUGUUCCGUUGCUUACUUCGAAAAACAUUACGUGUGUAGAGGUUGACAAGUUGGACAAUACUGACUACUUUGAUCUUGCAGAUUUAGAAAAUGUAUUAGCUAGAAUUAUUUAA